AGACAAGAGAUCUUAGUCUCCAACUCAUAGAAACAUCUAUUCCAGAUUCAACAGUGCUUUCUAUGGUAACAGAAGACAGAGACCCAGGGGAGACUGCAAUAAAAAAAGACUGCCUGGACUUGUCUUUUAGUUGUAACAGUGGAAAUGAAAAUUUGCUUAAAAAGAAUCAGCCUAAAACAUUGCCCAAGUUACUGGGUAUGUACCUACACUUUAAUAUUGUUUUCUUUAUCUUUAAAAUGAAAUCGUCAUAGAAAUUUUUGAACCAACCUCCCUUUGUGUUUAACUAAGAGAGCUGUACAUAAUUGGUUUGAUUAUUGCCUUAUGCUUAGAAAUCUAGAAUGCAUGAUUUGUUUUGUUUGUCAAAGAUUCAAAGGUUUGCAUUUAGUAAUUAGCAGUCAAUUGCUAGAAUUGUUUGCUGUUCAACAUCCUGCUUUAGGGUUCUUCAUUUGGGAUUUAUCUCAAAACUUUUGACUUUUUCCCCAUGUCACACCCAAAGAGUGGGAUGUGUGCUGGUUAGUUUACCCUCUGAAAAACUUGUAAGGCUGUCUGGGAACUGAUUUUGUUUCUUGACCAUUGCAUUGUUCAACUUUUGAACCUAUGUAUCAGGGCUGGCGCUAGGAGGGUUUAGGGCCUUGUGAAAAUAGAAAUUUGCGGGGCCUCUGACAUUACGAAUCAUGGCCGAUGGGAUGAUAAGACACGUCAAAGUUAAAGGUUCUUACUGGUCAUAAUUUUAGGAAAAGUCACGCCCGGCAUCAAUAUUUAUUGACUUAUUUGAUUUAUCAAAAUAUACAAUUUUUAAUUUUUUUUUGGUUAACUGUAGCAGUUGAAUUGCCCUGAGCCAAAUUGCUCAUUAAAUCUCUUUUUGAUAAUCUCAUAAUUUUUUAAAACAAAUGCAGAAAAGCACAAAACUGAAUGAGCUGUAGGCUCUCAAAAAAAUAAGAUUAAUUUUCAGGCGGUAAUUGGGCAGCUUAUUAAACAGAAAAAAUUGAACCGUCUUAUGGUAUUGGCGAUAGAUCAAAUCGAGAUAGAUUAAAAUUGAUAAAUGACGAAAUUUCGUUGGUCAUUAAUAUAGUUCUGGAACCAUGAGAGAAAUAAAGUUAUGCUGGGAUUUGGCAAUUCCCUUCUUACAUCCACAAUCUGUAUUAAAUUAUGGGAUAAUCCUUUUUGAGAGAGAUAGAGAUACAAUAAUUUAUUGUGACACUACAGGAUUGCAAAAACAAAAGAAAAAAACAGCGAGAAACGAAAAGUAAAAUGGUCGAAUUUGCGUUUGUGAAGAUACGAAUUAAGUUGCAUAGUCCAGGUCUUCAUGUCAUUGACCUUGGCGGAAUAGUAGGGGAAACUGACAGACUGAACAUUUGAUUAUUUUUUUAACGCCGAAUGUUGUUGAAUGAAAAUUACAAACUAUGAGUAGGCACAUCCUGGUUUUAUUUAUAAUGUAUAAUAUUAUAAGGGCUUGGUGCGAGGCCCCCACAAGCGCAGGGCCCACGGGUAGUAGCCCCUUUUGCCCAACUCCCUAGCCCCAGCCCUGCUUACAUGUUCGUACAUCUUAGUUUUUAAUCAAUUUUAUUGCAUAUUUAUUACAGGUUUUGCCAAGUUUUCAGAUUUGUGUCGGGAGAAUUCUAAGACUUCUAGUUCAACAGCUGAUACAGCACCAUUGCCGAUGCCUGUAAAUCAAAGUUGUAAAUCUGGUCAGCAAACCUAUGACAGUCGAAACAUUUCAUCAUUUAAAAAACCAGACCUAAACUUCAUAUCAGAAAUUGUUCCCCCCACCUCACAGCUACCGUGGCAAGAGAACUCAGUACAUUUAAAUAACACAUCAUGCCACCAGACUAUCUCCUCGUGCAGUUCAAUAAAUAACUGUGUGGUCCCCUCUGAUCACAUAUCAUAUGAUGAAUCCCACAGACACAUUGAUUCAGAC